AUGCCCAGACGGGGGUUGCUGGUCCACGGCCGGGUCCGCUGGCUUUUCCUGGGCCUCCUCCUGCUGCUGGUAAUGCUGUUUUUCACCUACCUGUUGGAGUGCACCCCUCAGAGUGACGUCAACAGAGUCCUUCCCGGCAUAGCGGGGGAGCCUUCCGGAAAGGAGUACUACCAAGCUCUGCUGCAGGAACAGGAGGAGCGCCACCAGAACCGCGCCUCCAGUCUGAAGCGGCAGAUUGCGCAGCUCAAGCAGGAGCUACAGGAAAUGAGCGAGAAGUUAAAGCUACUGCAGGAGAAGAAGGAGCUCCCCGAUGCGCAGGGUAUGGGGGAGAAUAGGGAGCAAGAGCCGGGAGAUUUGUUGGACUAUCUGCACUCUCAGAUUGACAAAGCCGAGGUCAACACGGGGGCUCGCUUGCCAAGCGAGUAUGCCGUGGUGCCCUUUGAGAGCUUCACUUCAUCCAAGGUUUACCAGCUGGAGAUGGGACUGACGCGACACCCGGAGGAGAAGCCCGUUCGAAAAGAUCGACGCGACGAACUGGCGGAGGUCAUCGAGGCGGCGCUGGAAAUAAUUAACAACCCUGACGAGGAGGACGGCGUGGAGGACGACGUGCCGAUGCAGAAGCAGACCUACAAAGAGGCCCACUUCAUAGAAGGCAUGCAUAGGACAGAGCGGGACAAAGGGUCACUUUACGAACUCUUCUUCGCUAAGAAGGAGCUCAGCACCAUCCGCCACGUCACCCUUUUCAGACCUUUUGGUCCUCUGAUGAAAGUCAGGAGCACGACCGUAGACACAUCGGGAAUGAUCAUCAACAUCAUUGUGCCGCUGGCGGGAAGAGUUGAAACCUUUUUACAGUUCUUGCACAACUUCAGGAAGGUGUGUGUACAGCAGGACAGACGCGUUCAUCUCACUGUGGUUUAUUUUGGCCAUGAGGGGCUCCAAGAGGUCAAGUCGUCUUUGGAAUCAAUGGCAAGGGAGGAGAAUUUCUCAAACUACACUCUAAUCCCAGUGGAUGAGGAGUUUUCCCGAGGUCGGGGAUUGGAUAUUGGCGCGCACGCUUGGAACAAAGGCGAUGUGCUGAUGUUUUUCUGCGACGUCGACAUCCAUUUCACCUUGGACUUCCUCAAUACUUGCCGGCUCCAUGCGUCUCCGAAUAAGAAAGUCUUCUAUCCAGUGGUGUUUAGUCUGUAUAAUCCGGCCAUUGUUUAUGGAAAUGCGGAGGUAGCGCCACCUGUUGAGCUACAACUGGUUCACAAAAAGGAUGCUGGUUUUUGGAGAGAUUUUGGCUUUGGAAUGACGUGCCAGUAUCGCUCCGAUUUCCUCAGUAUCGGGGGUUUCGAUCUUGAUGUGAAAGGCUGGGGUGUAGAAGACGUCCACUUGUACAGGAAAUAUCUCCGGAGCGACCUAGUAGUUAUUCGGACGCCGGUGCGGGAUCUUUUCCAUCUUUGGCACGAGAAACAGUGCGCGGACGAGCUGACUCCAGAACAGUAUCGCAUGUGCAUUCAGUCAAAAGCAAUGAACGAGGCCUCGCACCCCCAUUUGGGGAUGCUGGUGUUCCGGGAGGAAAUCGAAGCUCACCUGCGCAAACAGGCCUUUAAGCCACAGAACAAAGGAGAGGAAUGA